ACAGAGCUAACUUCAUUGUUAUUUUUGUUUGGCGUGCGUGAUAAAAUUGCUCGAAAAUUGCAGUUUUUCAGUGAAAAAGUGUGAAUUUUCAGAGUGCAGGAUGACGAAAAAGGAUCAGAGUGGAUCACAGGAGAAGGCGAAAGCUACGACCAUUACGGUAGCGCAGAUAAAUGCCGAUCGUAUUAAUUCCCUCGCUAAUGAAUAUUGGGCCCCCCACACGGCUUCCGAACAUGCUGCCUACAAUCCGGACAUCAUUGAGGAUAUCUAUUUCAAGGAAAUCCGCGAUCCGAAGCACACUAUCCGGAGGAUAAUGAUGCUGGAGUUCUCGCAGUACCUGGAGAACUAUCUCUGGCCAAAUUACAAACGUUCCACUGCCUCCCAUGCCCAUAUGAUGUCAAUUGUGUUUAUGCUGAAUGAGAAAUUCCGGGAACGAGUGUCUGUGUGGCAGUGCUUCGAGGAGAAUAGCACGGAAUUCCCGGCAUUCUUUCAGCAAUGUUUGGAGGCUUGUUUGUCUCCUGCAAAGUACACAUCGACGUACAUGCGAGAACAAACGUCACUCCUGCUCUUCCUCAAUCACUGCUUCAACAGCAUGGAGGUGGAACUGUGCCGGGAACAAGCUAAACGUCUCGUUUCCCUGACAAUGUGGUCGUGUUUGCAGCCGCGACGCAGGGAGCAGGAAUUGCGCGCAAUUCCGGAGUGGAGGAAAUUCUGGAAGAAACUCCAGAAGAGGGAUAAGCCCGAGAUGAAGGAUAAACUUGAGUGGGAGAGGCAUUUUCUGCAGAAGCUCAUGAUUAAAUUUAUGGGAAUUCUGGAUACUGUCCCCAUUGAGGGGGACGUCAAUGAGGAUGUUGUGCGCUACUGCGAGCGUUUCCUGGAGCUCCUGAUUGACUUGGAGGCUCUCCUGCCGACUCGGAGAUUCUUCAACACCGUCCUCGAUGACUGCCACCUCGUUGUGCGAUGCCAUCUCUCCAACUUGGCCAAACGAGAGGAAGGAAAACUCUUCACACAGCUUCUCGAUAUGCUGAAAUUUUAUGCUCGUUUCGAAAUAAACGACGAAACGGGGGAUGCCCUAACUGAUCAUGAUAUGACGUUGCUACACUACUCCAAGAUAACGUCCCUCCAGCGAGCGGCCUUUGCCAAAUUCCCUGAUUUGCGAAUGUUCUCACUGGCAAAUGUUGCGAGUGUGGACACAAGGGCAUCACUUAAGGAGCACUUUGGGGCUCUAGAUGCGCAAAGUCUCAAGAAUAUUGCGUGCUAUUUGAAUUUGGUGCCGGAGAAACUCGAAGCACCUUUUGAGUGGCACAGACUCGAUGAGGAAUUCCUGAGAGAGCUUCUGAUUUCCCGUCACGAACGGAGAGUUUCUCAAUUGGAAGCACUAAAUGAGAUGCCACUCUAUCCAACUGAAUCGAUUAUUUGGGAUGAGAAUAUUGUGCCAACUGAAUACUUCUCCGGUGAAGGAUGCCUCGCACUGCCCAAGCUGAAUCUUCAAUUUCUCACUCUACACGACUACUUGUUGAGGAAUUUUAAUCUUUUCCGCUUGGAAUCUACUUAUGAAAUCCGACAGGAUAUUGAGGAUGCAGUAAGUCGAAUGUUGCCGUGGAUUUCGGAGGAGGGAGAGAUUGUCUACGGAGGAUGGGCCAGGAUGGCUCUUCCAAUAACAUCCUUUGCCGUGGUUGAUGUAUCAAAGCCCCACAUUGGGGAGAAAAAGCCGUCAAGGGUUCGUGCUGAUGUUUCCGUGACACUGAGUGUCCGGAAGGAGGUUCAGGAGGAAUGGGAAAAUCUCCGAAGACACGAUGUCUGCUUCCUCAUCACUGUUCGUCCAACAAAUCCCAUUGGGACACGCUACAACCACCGGGAGCCAUUUAUCCCGCAAGUUGGUCUCGUAAAUGUGCGUGGAUGUGAAAUUGAGGGGAUGUUGGAUGAGAAUGGAAAAAUGAUUGAGGACGGUCCGGAUCCACGACCCAUUCUGCCGGGAGAGAAACGAACAUUCCGCGUGUGGUUGGAUUGCAAUCAAUACCGCCAGGAUAUGGAUGCACUUCAAACGGACGGCAAGGAUGACGUCUACGAUGGGUUCAGUAUUAUAAUGCGGAGGAAGCCCAAAGAGAAUAACUUCAAAGCAGUCCUCGAGACUAUUCGGCACCUCAUGAAUACUGAAUGUGUUGUCCCACCGUGGCUGCAUGAUAUUCUCCUUGGUUAUGGUGAUCCAGGAGCUGCUCACUACUCCCGGAUGAAGAAUCAAGCGAGAUCAUUGGACUUCAAUGAUACAUUCCUCGAUAUUGAGCAUCUCAAGAGCAGCUUCCCUGGCUACAGUAUCAACAUCAAGGGGGAAAAACUCAUAAGACCAUUUAGGAUAACAUUUGAAAAUGUUCCAGAGGGUAGUGAUGAUGAGGAUGAGAAGAUGGAAGAUGAUUCUGUGGAUCUCUCAAAGACAAUAACAGUGGAGAGUUAUGUUAUCCCAAGUCGUGGUCCGUACGUGUACAAUGAGCCAAAGAAGAAUACAAUUCGCUUCACACCGACGCAAAUUGAGGCCAUUCGAUCGGGAAUGCAGCCUGGAUUGACAUUGGUUGUGGGUCCUCCGGGAACGGGUAAAACAGACGUGGCAGUACAGAUAAUAUCCAAUCUCUACCACAAUCAUCCAAAUCAGCGAACUCUCAUUGUAACCCACUCCAAUCAGGCUCUAAAUCAGCUCUUUGAGAAGAUUAUGGCGCUGGAUAUUGAUGAGAGGCAUCUCCUUCGUCUGGGACAUGGGGAAGAGGCUCUCGAGACUGAGAAGGACUUUAGUCGCUAUGGGAGAGUUAACUACGUCCUGUGGAAGCGUCUUGAUCUCCUAACUAAGGUCCAAAAGCUCCAGGAGAGCUUAGGAGUGGCUGGAGAUGUGGCCUACACGUGUGAGACAGCGGGCUACUUCUACCUCUAUCAGAUUGUUGCUCGUUGGGAGAAAUUCUCAAAUCGUGUGCAACAAGGAAAGGAAUCCACGGAAUGGAGGAAGAUCUUUUCGGAAGAAUUCCCAUUCUCACGAUUCUUCAUGGAUGCCCCACAGCCACUCUUCAAGGGAGUAUCCUUUGAGGAGGACAAUGAGGUUGCUAAUUCCUGCUUCCGCUACAUUUCACGCAUGUUCAGUGAAUUGGAGGAAUUCCGGGCAUUUGAAUUGCUACGAAGUGGUCUUGAUCGUUCGAAAUACCUGCUGGUGAAGGAAGCAAAGAUUAUUGCAAUGACGUGCACGCAUGCUGCCCUAAAGAGGAAGGAGUUGGUCAAUAUGGGAUUCAAGUAUGAUAAUAUCCUCAUGGAGGAGGCAGCUCAAAUUCUCGAAAUUGAAACUUUCAUCCCGCUCUUGCUGCAGAAUCCCAUGGAUGGGUUCAAUCGCCUAAAGAGGUGGAUUAUGAUUGGGGAUCAUCAUCAGUUGCCGCCGGUGAUUAAAAAUAUGGCCUUCCAGAAGUACUCAAAUAUGGAACAAUCCCUCUUCACGCGUCUCGUUCGUCUUGGGGUGCCAACAGUUGAUCUCGAUGGGCAGGGACGUGCACGCGCCAGUAUCUGUGAGCUGUACAAGUGGCGGUACAAGCAAUUGGGAGACUUGACGCACAUCCAUCAGUGGUCGGAAUAUAGAACGGCAAAUGCGGGAUUUGCCUAUGACUUCCAAAUGAUCAAUGUGGAUGACUUCAAUGGAGUUGGGGAGACGGAGCCAAAUCCUUUCUUCUACCAAAAUCUCGCCGAAGCUGAGUACAUUGUGGCUGUCUACAUGUACAUGCGCCUCCUGGGCUAUCCUGCAGAGAAGAUCUCCAUCCUCACGACUUACAAUGGGCAGAAGCAUCUGAUUCGCGAUGUCAUCAACACACGCUGCGGGGAGAAUCCUCUCAUUGGGAGGCCGUACAAAGUGACAACGGUGGAUAAGUAUCAAGGUCAGCAGAAUGACUACAUCCUCGUUUCGCUCGUUCGGACCAAAGCUGUUGGUCAUCUAAGGGAUGUUCGUCGUCUCGUGGUAGCUGUCAGUCGAGCCCGUCUGGGCCUCUACAUGUUUGGUCGCGUUUCUCUCUUCCGGAAUUGCCUGGAGCUGCAACCAGCGUUCAAGAUUCUCCUCAAUCGCCCGUUGGAUUUGCAAAUCCUCCCACAUGAAACGUAUCCGUGCGAGAGGAAAAUCGAAGAUGCCCUCCCGGGGAAUGUGCUCAGUGUGACGCAUAUGACGCAAAUGGCUGAGUACGUCUACCAGUUCUACAUGCAUCGUGUCAAUGAGAUGAAAGUUGCCAUGGAGACGAUGCAACAGAUGUAUGCAAAAACUCCCGAGGAUAUAAUGAAGGAGCACCAGGAGAUUGAUCCAGGAGCACCGGGGCAGGAGAAGAAGGGUGGAGAAUUGGAGAAGAGUGACGAAGGAGCCUUCCGGGCAGCUCCAAUUCUCAAUGAAGUCGAUGAUGUGGAUACCACAGCAAUGGAGAAGGAAGAUGAGGCAGAAAAGGCAGCAGCAGCAGCAGAGCGCGAGAAUGUCGAUGAAGAAAUGCCAGAAGAAGCGAGUAAUUAACUGUAAGGGAAUUGCGAGAGGGUUGGCUGCGAAAUUGAGGGGGAGGAACCUGCAGGAAUUUUUCGUUCUUAGUAACCGAGGAGAUGGUUCGAUUCAACACUUCAUGGCAACGUCAAUAAAAUAUUUUCACAUUCAAACAAAA